AUGUCAAUCAUCCCUUCGUCCGACACCGACUACGCUCGUCUCUUGCUUUCGAACCCACCACCCAAAAACCCGGAGGGGGUCGAACGUACAAUCUCCGCCUUGUCCCUCCAGGCUCACAUCGAAGGUGGAUUCUUUGCAGAAACGGACCGUGACGGACUCUUGGUCCCAAACCCCUUUUUGGGCCUACCCUACCUCACCAACGCCACCGCCAGAGACGCCUCUACAACUCGCAGCGCAAGCACCACCAUUUUUUAUCUGGUCGGCCCUACCAGCCCGGUGGGUCACUUCCACCGUAACCGCGGGAGGACGGUUCACACCCUCCACCGAGGACGCGGGAGGUACGUCCUUUUGCACGUCGACGAGCGAGACCAAGACGGCAGGGUUCCGGUCGAGACGUUCGUCGUGGGUCACGACCUGGAACGAGGCGAAAGGUUGCAAUGGAUCGUCGACGGUGGGAAAUUCAAGGCCAGUUUCUUGUUGCCCGACACCGACACUACCGCCGGACACGGUGAUGGUGGUGGUGAGGGUGGAGGUGAUCAAAGUCAACAAGGUUUGUUGAUUUCGGAAACCGUCGUACCUGGGUUCGAAUAUUCGGACCAUGAUUUUCUCACUGCUCAAGGUAUGGUGGAAUAUCUUGAUCGAAACCAAAUCAAAGAGUUGAAAUGGUUGUUGAAAAGGGACGAACAGGAUAAAUUGGAAGAGGCUCUGGAAAAGAAACAACAAGACAUGAAGGCAUGAAGUCCGAACUGGUUGAUAUCUA